UAAUCUCCACAAUAAAAGAGAGAGGAAACAGCCCCCAUCUCUCUCUCAACACCUUCUUGUUUCUCUCUCCCAAAAAAAAAAAAACGCCCAUAUUUCCUGGCUGUACCCCCUAGCAAGUUUCAACGUUCUUUCUUCAUCUUCUUUUCCUUUACCUCUCUGUCUGUAUCUGGAAAUGGAGGGUCGUAUCAUGGUGGAGGAUCUUCUAAACUUUACUUUGGACGUGGGUGAGGAAGAUUAUCAUUAUGACGAAAAUACCCUCAAAGCCCCUUCUUCUACCACUUCCAAUAGCCAAGACCCAGAUGACCCUGAGCAUGCAGAGGAAGAGCUGGAAUGGCUGUCGAACAAAGACGCAUUCCCGUCGGUCGAAACAUGCUUCGACAUUCUCACCCCCCACCCCAGCAUUGCCCAGAACCAACACAGCCCCGUCUCCGUACUUGACCCUACCACUACCACCACCAAUAGUAGCAACAGCAGCUCCACCAUGAGCUGCUGUGGCAGCGGCAACAACAUUCUAGCCCCAGCUCGUUACCCCAUGAAACCGCGGAGCAAAAGGAGGAGGCCAAGGCGGCCAGGUGCGUUGGCCGACCUAGCCAAUCAGCAGUAUUGGUGUUGGAGCCAAGUGGACGCAGAGAACUCUAAACAGCAGCUCCGAGUGACAGUGGUGCCGCUGAAGGCUCCCGAGAUAGGGAGGAGGUGCCAGCAUUGCGGGGCUGAGAAGACCCCGCAGUGGCGGGCGGGCCCUAUGGGGCCCAAAACACUGUGCAAUGCUUGUGGGGUCCGAUACAAGUCAGGGCGGCUCGUGCCCGAGUACCGCCCCGCGAGCAGUCCGACGUUUUCGAGCUUGUUGCAUUCGAAUUCUCACCGGAAGGUGAUGGAGAUGAGGAGGCAGACGCAGAUGGGAUGAAAUGAUGCAUGUGAAUAUAAGGUAGGUUAGUGUUGACUGGUGUGGUGAGUAGUUCUUUUUAUUUUAUUUAUUUAUUUUGGGUGCUUUUCUUGGGUUUUUUUUUUUUCUUCACAUGGUUAGAUUAGAUAAGAUUAGAAACUAGUAGGUUUUGUUGUAACGGAUUAGAACUUAGAUGUUUAGUGAAUCUUUCUUAUUUGUUACAGUAUUUUUCAUCAAUUUCUUUAGGGAAUUAUGUCUCAAGUGUGGAAACCCGAAAAAGUUUUGGUUUUGGUUU